GCCACCACAACAUGACAGUUUAAUUUCUUUCAGCAUUUUGGAGAUAGCAUCAUAUCCAAUUGUUUUAAUUUUGCAUUUAUCAGAUUUCUAAUGAGGUUGAGCUUCUCCACUUGCCUACCCUCUCCUAGUAUAAACUAUUUUGUGUGUGAGUGUAUGUAUGUGUGUGUGUGUGUGUGUGUCAGGAUCUCAUUCUGUUUCCUGUGCUGGAGUGUUGUGGUGUGGUCACAACUCAUUGCAGCCUUGACCUCCUGGAGUCAAGCAAACCUCUCCCCUCAAUCUCCUAAAUAGCUGGGGGCAGGUACAUCCCACCACACUGGUUAAUUUAUUAUUAUUAUUAUUUUUUAUAGAUAAAGGGUCUUGCCAUGUUGUCCAGUCUGGUCUUGAACUCCUGGACUGAAACAGUCCUCCUGCCUUGGCCUCCCAAACUGUUGAAACUACAGGUGUGAGCCACCAUGCCUGGUCUGUGACUUCUUUUAACGUUCUUUUUGGUAUAUUUGUUGAGUAGUAUACAAUUCGAAGUAAUCUUUUUAGUGUUUUCAUAUAUAGGUGGUAAUUUUUGUGUCUGUAAGUAAUUUUCCUACUUCUGGGCGUAAAGAUGCUGUCUUCUAUUUGUUUUUAAAACUGAUUUAAAGUUUUGUGUUUGUUUAUUUUUUUUUUUUGAGAUGGAGUUUUGCUGUUGUUACCCAGAAUGGAGUGCAAUGGCAUGAUCUCGGCUCACCAUAACCUCCGCCUUCUGGGUUCAGGCAGUUCUCCUGCCUCAGCCUCCGGAGUAGCUGGGACUACAGGCGUGCACCACCAUGCCCAGCUAAUUUUUGUAUUUUUAGUAGAGACGGGGGUUCACCACAUUGACCAGGACCUCGUGAUCCACCUGCCUCGGUGUCCCAAAGUGCUGGGAUUAUAGGCAUGAGCCACCAUGCCCGGCCAAGUUUUAUGUUUUAAAUAAGUAUUUGGAGUCUGAAUCCAUCUGGAUUUCUUUUGUAUUUUUUAACAAGAUUGCAGUUGAUCUUUUUUCAUAUGUAUUUAUUUCAUUUAGCUUUUCUUACAUUGAUACGUAAUGCAAUCUAUGUGGUACAUCAGAUUCCUUUAUGUGUUUGUGCAUUUUUAGUUUCCCUGUUUUUAUGUUACCCAUGGAUCUGAUGUUUUAGUUUUAUUUGCUUCUCUGCUGUGUUUUAAAAACUGGCUUUAUAAUCAUAUGUUAAUAUGUAUAUUUUCUUUAGAAUUGUUUUACCUUUCUUUUCUUUUUUAAAAAUUGAGAUGGAGUCUUGCUCUGUCACCAGGCACUUCCUAGACACACUUUAGUCUCAGCCUUGCAGGCUCAAGUGGUCCACUGACCUCAGCCUCCUGAUUGUUUUAGUUGUUUUUCUUCUACUCAUUUUAGAGUUUUUCAGUUUUCAUAGGCAGGGCACAGUGGCUCAUUCUUGUAAUGCCAGCACUUUGGUAGGCUGAGGCUGGCAGAUCACCUGCGGUCUGGAGUUUGAAAUCAGCCUGGCCAAAAUGGUUAAACAGUCUCUACUUAAAAAUACAAAAAUUAGCCAGAUGUGGUGAGCCAGCCAUCACUUGAACCUGCAAGGCUGAGACUAAAGUGUGCCUAGGAAGUGCCACUAUACUACAGCCUGGUGACAGAGCAAGACUCCAUCUCAAUUUUUAAAAAAUAAAAGAAAGCUAAAACAAUUGUAAAGAAAAUAUACAUAUUAACAUAUGAUUAUAAAGCCAGUUUUUAAAAACACAGCAGAGAAGCAAAUAAAACUUACAGUGAGCUGAGAUCAUGCGACUGCACUCCAGUCUGGGCAACAGAGGGAGACUCCAUGUAAAAAAAAAAAAAAAAAAAAGAAAGAAACAAAGAAAAAAAGUUACGGUAAAACGCUUAAGUUUUGUAUUUGUAUUACCUUUAUAGAAUACACAUGGGCCGGGCACAGUGGCUCAAGCCUGUAAUCCCAGUACUCUGGGAGGCCAAGGUGGGUGGAUCACGAGGCCGAGAGAUCAAUACCAUCCUGGUCAACGUGGUGAAACCCCAUCUCUACUAAAAAUACAAAAAAUUAGCUGGGCACGGUGGGGUGUGCCUGUAAUCCCAGCCACUUGGGAGGCUGAGGCAGGAGAAUUGCCUGAACCCGGGAGGCGGAGGUUGCAGUGAGCUGAGAUCGCACCAUUGCACUCCAGCCUGGGUAACUAGAACGAAAUUCUGUCUCAAAAAAAAAAAAAAAGAAUACACACAAACACACAAUUUUGAUGAAUUUAGUACAUAAUUAUAAAUACUUCUUGUGUGCUAGCAUUGUUAUUGAGGUUAAUUAAUAUAUUAGCCCAUUUAAUCUAUAAAUAUUAAGUAAAUUUAUAAUUAAGUAAAAUAUUUUAUACCUUUUUUUGUUUAUAUUGUUUAAUUUGAGACAGGGUCUUGCUCUGUUACUAGGCUGGAGUACACUGAUGCAUGAUCAUGGCUUACGUCACCCUUGUACUUCUGUGCUCAAGUGAUGUUCUUACUUUGGCCUCUCAAGUAGUUGGAACUGCAGCACAAACCACCAUGCACACCCAGCUAAUUCUUUAUUUUUUUUGUAGAAAUGGGGACUUAUUGUGUUGCCCAGGCAAGCUUUGAACUCCUGGGUCCAGUGGUCAUACCAUCUUUGCCUUAUAAAGUGCUAGGAUUACAAGUGUGAGUGAGCCACCUUCCCCAGCUUUAUACUGUCUUUCUGUUAAAGUCUGUACGUCAGAAUCUUACAUAUACACAUAUAAUUAACUGGUGGACUAGGUUUUGAAUUUGACCAACUAGGUCCACUGUCCAUAUAUACACAGUGUGUGUGUGUGUGUGUAAAUUUAUGGGGUACAGUAUAUAUGUGGAUUACAUGGCAUAUCUGUAGAUGCAUUUGUCAUGUACAUAGAAAUGGAUACAUAGAGAUGGUAGAGUAGCCAUUUCCCAAGUAACAUACAUUAUACCCAUUGAAUAAUCUCUCAUUAUCCACCUCCCUUCCACUCCUUUACCCUUUUGAGUCUCUAGUGUCAAGUCUAUAUAUACAGAUUAUUUAGCUUUCAUUUACAAAUGAGAUACAUGGCAUUUAUCUUUCUGUACCUGGUAUAUUUCACUUAAGAUAAUAGACAGCCUUCAGUUCCACCCAUGUUGCUGCAAAACACACGAUUUCAUUCUUUUUUUUUUUCAAUAGCCAAAUAGUAUUCUGUUGUCUAUAUAUACCACUUUUUUUUUUCUUUGAGACAGAGUCCCACUAUGUUGUACAGGCUGGAGUCUUGUGGCAUGAUCAUAGCUCACUGCAGCCUUGACUUCCAGGGCUCAAGUGAUCAUCCUCCCACCUCAGCUUCUUAUGUAGCUUAGAGUGCAGGUGCACACCACACCGCUGUGUCCAGAUAAUUUUUAUAUAUUUUUUGUAGAUGUGGUAUCUCACUAUGUUGCUCAUGUUGGUCUUGAAUUCCUGAACUCAACUGAUCCUCUCACCUCAGCCUUCUUUGUAGCAGUGACUAUGGAUACCCACUAUGAAGGGCUAAUUUUUUUUUGAGACAGGGUCUCACUCUCAGACUGGAGUGUAGUGUCACAAUCUCAGCUUAUUGCAACCUCCACCUCUCAGGUUCAACGAUUCUUGUGCCUCAGCCUCUCAAGUAGCUGGAACUACACAUCACCAACCCCAGCUAAUUUUUGUAUUUUUGGUAGAGAUGAGUUUUCAUCAUGUUUGCCUUGAACUCUUGGCCUCAAAUUACCAGGCUAUGUCAGCCUCUCAAAGUGGUGGAAUUACAGGCAUGAGCUACUGUGCAUGGCCCUGCUUUCUGUAUUUUUUGUAGAUACAGGGUCUCUCUAUGUUUCUCAGGCUAGUCUUGGACUCCUGAGCUCAAGUUAUCCUUCCAUCUCACCCUCCCAAAUUGUUGGGAUUACUGGUGUGAGCCCUUGUGCCUGGCUAAUUUUUUUUUUUUUUGAGACAGUCUCACCUGUCAUCCAGGCUUGAUAAAGUGCCUGAUCAUGGCUCAUUGCAGCUCUGAUUUCCCUGGCUCACGUGACCCUCCCACCUCAGCCUUCCCAGUAGCUAGGGCUAGAGGUACACACUACCAUUCCUGGAAAAAUGUGUUUUAAAUUUGUUUGUUUGGUAGAGACAGGAUGUUACCGAAGUUGGCCUUGAACUCUUGGGCCCAGGUAAUGCUCUUGUCUCAGCCUCCUAAAGUAUUAGGAUUAUAGGCAUGAGCCAUAGCCCCGAGCUAUGCCACAUUUUCUUUCUUUAUUCAUUCACUGAUGGGCAUAUAAAUUGCUUCCAUGUCUUUACUAUAUGGAUAGCUCUAUGAUAAACAUUUCUUUGAGAAAUCUCUUUACUGUUUUCCAUUGAGGUUGUACUAACAUCCUAUACCUACUUUGCUUAACCAUAUCAAGAUGUUGUAUAAUUUUUUUCCCAUUAUGAGUCAUAAUUUCGAAAGUUACACUUAACCAGUUAUUGUAAUUUAUAAUAGUAAUCCUAUUGACUUUCAGCAACCUUGCUGAAAUGAUCAUAUUUCUUAGAUUCUGAGGUAGAUGUUUAUAUUUUAGCACUUAUAAAGUCAAUGUGUUUUACACCACAGAUAGAGUCCAGUAAUCAGUUUUCCAAUUUAUAAGUUGUCCAUUUUGUCAUCACUUCAAAUGGAUUAAAUCCAUUCUUACCUAUAAUCAGGUUGAUGAUUCAUGCCAAACAGUGUAACCGUAGAUAAAAUAAGUUUCCUUUGGAUUAAGGGAAAUUUUUAUUUAUUUAUUUAUUUAUAUUUUGUGAGACAGAGUUUCACUGUGUUGCCCAGGCUGGAGUACAGUGGCGCAGUCUCAGCCCACUGCAACCUCUGCCUCCCAUGUUCAAGGAAUUCUCUUGCCUCAGCCUUCUCAGUAGUUAGGAUUACAAGCAUGUGUCACCCUGACCAGCUAAGUUUUGUAUUUUUAGGAGACAGGGUUAAAUCAUGUUGACCACACUGGUCUCAAACUCCUGACCUCAGGUGAUCCACUCGCCUCGGCCUCCCAAAGUGCUGGGAUUACAGGUGUGAGCCACCAUGCCUGGCCAAAGAAAAUUUCUAAAAACCAAGAGGCAAGCUUGAUUGUCCCUUGGUUCAGUCAGAGGGUAAUUGGUCACAUGUUGAGUACAAAUAUGUUGUAAUAUAUUUAUUAUAUAUUUUCUAAUUUUGGAGAGAGACUACUUAACCUUUCUUAGUGUGGUUCAAUUUGGAGAGAGACUACUCAACUUUUAUUAAUGUGGGCGGGAAAGAUGAAACAGACUUUUGUCAAAUAAUAAAGUGUCAGCAUCAGAGCUUGCAAAGUAGAUGUCUUUGACUUGAAAGAAUAUUCCAGAGAUGAUACUAAGUAUGCUUCAUCAUUAGCACUGUUGUUACCAAGAUGACUCUAUUGUUAGAAAUGAACACCGAACAGCAGUGAAUAGAAAAGUGAGUGAGAAUAGCACUCUGAAUUCAAGGAAAUUUUAUCAAUAUGCUAAGCCAGUUUCCUUUGGAUAUAUAUAUUUUUCUAUUUAUAAGAGUGCUAUGUGAUUUUUUUAAAACUGAAUAAAUCUAAAAGAAAUCCAGUAUAUCAGUUUACUUAGCAGUGGUUUUUCUUAGUGAUAUAUAAAGGCUUAUCCUACAAUUGUGGGCAUAUAGACAUAGUGAAACUCAGCAAUCACAAUGAUUUUUUUUUGCAUUUUUUAAUAUAAUUAUCUGUGAUAAUUUUAUAUAAUUAAUAGUGAUGUUAGAGUUCUUUUCCAGUGUCUAGAUUCUUUAAAGAAGUGGUUGCAAUGUUUUAUCCUUAAAUACUGAUGUUGAAAGGAAAUAUUCUUUAAGCUUCCUUCCAUUCCCAAUUUGAGAGUUUUUUUUUUUAAUAAAAAGUAGGAAUUGAAUUUUUAAGGAUACUUUAAUUGCAUCUGUUCAUUUUUCCCAUUAUUGUGCUUAAUUGCAUUAACGAGUUUCUAAUUUUAAACAAUCUUUGAAUCACCUGGAUUUUUUUUUUUUUUGAGACGGAGUUUCGCUCUUGUUACCCAGGCUGGAGUGCAAUGGUGCGAUCUCGGCUCACCACAACCUCCCACUCCUGGGUUCAGGCAAUUCUCCUACCUCAGCCUCCCGAGUAGCUGGGAUCACAGGCACGCGCCACCACGCCCAGCUAAUUUUUUGUAUUUUUAGUAGAGACGGGAUUUCACCAUGUUGACCAGGAUGGUCUCGAUCUCUUGACCUCGAGAUCCACCUGCCUCGGCCUCCCAAAGUGCUGGGAUUACCGGCUUGAGCCACCGUGCCUGGCCCACCUGGAUAUUUAAUAUUAACAUUACCUAAUUGUAGUUCUGUCUGCACAGUCUCAUAGACACUAUAGAAAAGAAAGUUAUAGUCAUGUAAUUUUUUUUUUCACAGUUUGAUAACAAGGUUAUGUUAAACUCAUGCUGUGAGAGUGUCUCUCUUUUUGGACAAUGGUCGCCUAUUAAAAAAAGGAUUAGUUUUUUCUUUGAAGUUAGAUUGAAUUUCUUUGUAUAUUUACUUGUACCUGGAGUCUUUUUAUGAAUUUUUUUGUUUUAGAAAGAGUUUCUGUCUUGUUCCCCAGGCUGGAGUGCAAUGGCAUCAUCUCAGCUCACUGCAACUUCAGUCUGCCAGGUUUAAGUGAUUCUCCUGCCUCAGCCUCUAGAAUAGCUGAGAUUACAUGUAUGUGCCACCAUGCCCAACUAACUUGGUAUUUUCAGUAGAGAUGGGAUUUCUCCAUCUUGGUCACGCUAGUCUUGAACCCUUGACCUCAGGUGAUCUUUCCCCGUUGGCCUCCCAAAGUGCUGGAAUUACAGGUGUGAGCCACCACACCUCGUCAUGAAUUUUUUUCUUUUAUUUUUUGAGAUGGAGUUUCGCUCCUUACCCAGGCUGGAGUGCAAUGGCUCACCGCAACCUCCGCCUCCUGGGUUCAGGCAAUUCUCCUGCCUCAGCCUCCUGAGUAGAUGGGAUUGUAGGUACAUGCCACCAUGCCCAGCUAAUUUUUUUGUAUUUUAAGUAGAGACAGGGUUUCACCAUGUUGACCAGGAUGGUCUCGAUCUCUUGACCUCGUGAUCCAUCUGCCUUGGCCUCCCAAAGUGCUGGGAUUACAGGCAUGCAUGAAUAUAUUUUUUGACAUUCAAUUUAUUUAUUGAAAGUUUCUUUUACAGUGAUAAAUCCUUGGAUUUUCUUUAGUAUGUUUUUGUUGCUUACACGGAAUUAUUUAUUUAUUUAUUUUUUGAGACGGAGGGCAGUGGCACCAUCUCACUGCAACCUCUGACUUCCCGGGUUCAAGUGAUUCUCCUGGCUCAGCCUGCCAAGUAGCUGGGAUUACAGAGAUGGAAUCUUACUGUGUUUCCCAGGCUGGUCUUGAACUCUUGGGCUCAAGCAGUCCGAACACCUUGGCCUCCCAUAGUGCUGGGAUUAUAGAAGUGAGCCACCCUGGCUGGCCACAAGCAAAAUUUUAAACAUAACCCAUUGAGUGAGUAUCAUUCCCAGGAGCUGUGACUAAUGAGAAUUAAAGGCCAUGGAUGAAGAUGAAUUUGAAUUGCAGCCACAAGAGCCAAACUCAUUUUUUGAUGGAAUAGGAGCCGGUGCUACACACAUGGAUGGUGAUCAAAUUGUUGUGGAAGUACAAGAAACGGUUUUUGUUUCUAAUAUUGUAGAUUCAGAUGUAACUGUGCAUAACUUUGUUCCUGAUGACCCAGACUCAGUUGUAAUCCAAGAUGUUAUUGAAGAUGUUGUCAUAGAAGAUGUUCAGUGUUCAGAUAUCUUAGAAGAAACAGAUGUAUCUGAAAAUGUUAUCAUUCCUGAGCAAGUGCUGGACUCAGAUGUAACUGAAGAAGUUUCUGUGUCACACUGCACAGUCCCAGAUGAUGUUUUAGCUUCUGACAUUACUUCAUCCUCAGUGUCUAUGCCAGAACAUGUUUUAACAAGUGAAUCCAUGCAUGUAUGUGACAUUGGACAUGUUGAACAUGUGGUACGUGAUAAUGUAGUGGAAGCAGAAAUUAUUACUGAUCCUCUGACCAGUGACGUAGUUUCAGAAGAAGUAUUGAUAGCAGACUGUGCCCCUGAAACGAUCACAGAUGCUGGGAUCUCAGUGGACCAGCGAGAUGAUGACAAAGGCAACUGUGAGGACUACCUAAUGAUUUCGUUGGACGAUGCUGGCAAAAUAGAACAUGAUGGUUCCUCUGGAGUGACCAUUGAUGCGGAAUCAGAAAUGGAUCCUUGUAAAGUGGAUGGCACUUGCCCUGAAGUCAUCAAGGUAUACAUUUUUAAAGCUGACCCUGGAGAAGAUGACUUAGGUGGAACUGUAGACAUUGUGGAGAAUGAGUCUGAGAAUGAUCAUGGAGUUGAACUACUUGAACAGAGCAGCAGUGUUCGUGUUCCCAGGGAAAAGAUGGUUUAUAUGACUGUCAACGACUCUCAACAAGAAGAUGAAGAUUUAAGUUUUGGAGUACAUGUGAAGAACAUGCAAGAUAGUUGCAUAGACGUUGCUGAAAUUGCUGAUGAAGUUUAUAUGGAAGUGAUUGUAGGAGAAGAGGAUGCUCCUGCUACUGUAGCAGCAGCUGCUAUGCAUGAACAGCAAAUUGAUGAGGACGAAAUGAAAACCUUUGUGCCAAUUGCAUGGGCAGCAGCUUAUGGUAAUAAUUCUGAUGGAAUUGAAAACCGGAAUGGCAGUGCAAGUGCUGUCUUGCAUGUAGAUGAGUCUGUUGGCCUCAGCAGACUGACUAAACAAAAACCAAAGAAAAAGAGAAGAUCUGAUGCCAGGCAGUACCAAACAGCAAUAAUUAUUGGCCCUGAUGGCCAUCCUUUGACUGUUUAUCCUUGUAUGAUUUGUGGGAAGAAGUUUAAGUCGAGGGGUUUUUUGAAAAGACACAUGAAAAACCAUCCCGAACAUCUUGCCAAGAAGAAGUACCACUGUACUGACUGUGAUUACACUACCAACAAGAAGAUAAGUUUACACAACCACCUGGAAAGCCACAAACUGACCAGCAAGGCAGAGAAGACCAUUGAAUGUGUUGAGUGUGGGAAGCAUUUUUCUCAUGCAGGGGCUUUGUUUACUCACAAAAUGGUGCACAAAGAAAAGGGAGCCAACAAAAUGCACAAGUGUAAAUUCUGUGAAUAUGAGACAGCUGAACAAGGGUUAUUGAAUCGCCACCUCUUGGCAGUCCACAGCAAGAACUUUCCUCAUAUUUGUGUGGAGUGUGGUAAAGGUUUCCGUCACCCAUCAGAACUCAAAAAGCACAUGCGAAUCCAUACCGGGGAGAAGCCAUACCAAUGCCAAUACUGCGAAUAUAGGUCUGCAGACUCUUCUAACUUGAAAACACAUAUAAAAACAAAGCAUAGUAAAGAGAUGCCAUUCAAGUGUGACAUUUGUCUUCUGACUUUCUCAGAUACCAAAGAAGUGCAGCAACAUACCCUUGUCCACCAAGAAAGCAGAACACACCAGUGUUUGCAUUGUGACCACAAGAGUUCAAACUCAAGUGAUUUGAAACGACAUGUAAUUUCAGUUCAUACAAAAGACUAUCCUCAUAAGUGUGAGAUGUGUGAUAAAGGCUUUCACAGGCCUUCAGAACUGAAGAAACAUGUGGCUGUCCACAAAGGUAAAAAAAUGCACCAAUGUAGACAUUGUGACUUUAAGAUUGCAGACCCAUUUGUUUUAAGUCGCCAUAUUCUCUCAGUUCACACAAAGGAUCUUCCAUUUAGAUGUAAGAGAUGUAGAAAGGGAUUUAAUCAACAGAAUGAGCUUAAAAAGCAUAUGAAGACACACAGUGGCAGGAAAGUGUAUCAGUGUGAGUACUGUGAGUAUAACACUACAGAUGCCUCAGGCUUUAAACGGCAUGUUAUUUCUAUUCAUACAAAAGACUAUCCUCAUCGGUGUGAGUACUGCAAGAAGGGCUUCCGAAGACCUUCAGAAAAGAACCAGCACAUAAUGCGACAUCAUAAAGAAGUUGGCCUACCCUAACAAUAUGUCUAAAAACUUGCAAAGCUGUUGGCUUUGAAGCAGAAAAUUCAUUUUUUAAAGCAAGUCUUGUUCACAUCCAUUACUAUACAUUGAUUUAUGCUGUGUAAAAAUAGAGUUAUUGCUUCUAGUCCACUUUUCUUUAAAUUUUAUUCAAUAGGGUGUCCAGAAUACUAUUCAGUUUCUUUAAUAGAUGAGGAAAAGUAGCAACAAUCAAGUUGCUUUUAAUGACAUAAUUUGAGAUUCUAUACUCAAUUUUCAGUCUUAGCAGCUUUACUGUUUAUUUACAUAUUUAUUGAUGUUGAUGGUACUUUCUAAGACAAAAUCAGAUUGGAAACUAUAAAAGUGACAUUUUGACCCAUUUCUUCCCACACACUUGUCACAUUGGAGACAUCUGCUAGCAUAAAUGGGAGAUUUUACUGUCAAGUCUAAUUAUCAAAACAUGGAAAUAAAUUGCUUAAUAUUUUUAGAUUACAUGACCAUGAAAUUUUACAUUUCACCUUCUAGCAUUGAUUAAUAUAGGAUAUGGACAAUGUUUAUAUUUAAAUCUCAUUUUGUUUGGCAGGCAAAAUGUACUUUUCUUGGCUUUCUUAUUAAUAUUGUUUACAUCUUUUGUCAGCACAGCAAACUUUUAGAAAGUAUUAUUGAAAAGUUUUACUUAUUUUUGUCCUUUAUUUUCUAUUUGUACUGUUUUGUCUUGCAUUGUGUUCUAACACAUGAAACUGCAGACUGAAUUUUGGAGUCUUUUAGAGGUAAAUUGUGGACUCAGGAUUUUUUAAAACUUGGUGUGUAACUCUAACUCUUGUAUGUGCAGCUUUGUUGUGUAUCACAUAUUUACACACACAACCACAAACUUUAAACCUUAGGAUGAAAAUUUAUAAUAUCCCGAAAUAUCAAGGGAUGUAUGAGACUAUUCUGUAACUUGCUUUUCAGAGUUAUUAAAGUUCAGAUGGAGAAUUAAAAGGAAAAGAAGUACAUUAGAAAGGUGAAAAUCUUCUCUUCGAAUAAUCUUUGAUAAAUAAAAAUGGAAUUAAAUGUAUCUAGAAAGAUUGUUUUCAUAAGACUUCAGCUUCAUAUUAUAAAUUUUUCCAGAAAGCUAUUUCAGACAUAGGUUUCUCAGUUUUUUCUAAGAAUCCUGUGAAGGAACUCUGUCUUUGCAAAGUAAGGAGGACUAAGGGAAAGCGAUGGUACCAUGUAACAGAAUGAGAGCUAAUUCCAAACUAGCAAGUAUGUCCUGCUUUUUAAAUUUUACAUCCAGUAAAGUUUAAAAAAGACAACAGUCAAAUUAGUUUUGAUUAGAAGAAAAAAGUACAUGAUGAAAAUCCACAGCCUUAUUUUUGGAAUAUAUAUCACUUUUCAAAUUUUAUUGUUUAUUCGAGCAUUGACAUAUUUUAAGCAGUUAAUAACUUGUAUGUAUGGAUAUAACACAAAAUGAAUUCAUAUAAUUGAAAAGAAUUUGAUUACUAGGAGUUUUGGAGAACGGAAAAUACAUUUUUAGUUACCGUAAGUUGGCCGUUAGUACAUAUGUAUUUGGAAUAUUUUAGGGGAUUAGAAUUUUUUUAACCCACAUUACAGCUACUUUCUGGCCUUAGUAUGGUGGUGCUUCAUUCAGCUUUUGCUGUCACGUUUUUCUUUUCACCUUUUAGUGUACCACCAAUUCAAAAAAUAUUUAUAGGAUUAGGAAAUAUAAAUAUUUGGUGAUUGACAGCGUCUGAAAUGUUAAUUUGAUCUAGUUCUAAAGUGCUUUAGUUAUAUUUAAAUUUAAGCCUGGUACCAACCAAAACCGUGUCAUGUAUUUUGAAAACCUGUUUGGCCUUGUUAGCCCUCAUACAUGUCUCUACCUGAUUUUUACUACCCUUCAUUAUCCUGUUCUUGAAAACUUCAGUUUCUGUUUGAAAAUCCCUAAGUGUCUUCCAAUUUGUUUUCUCCCUGAAGUAAUAUAAAAAGAAGUAUUUAAGUGGAAGUUAAAGAGUUUUCAAACAUUCUUUAAGACAAAUAGUUAGCUAUUUAUAUUUUUAAAAUAAACAAAAAGCUAAAAAACACUUUACAUACUUCAUAUUUUUCACAUAGUCUGGAGUCAUACACAGUUAUUUUGUUUUUAACCAAAGUAUUGAAACCUUUUAAAGGUAAUUAAGCAUUUGGUCAAGUAAAUAUGAUAGAACAUUUGUAUAAAGAAAGAAAUGAAAUUGUGCUUAAUGUUAUUUAGUGUUAUUAGUUGCACGCUGGCUUUAAUUCUUAAUUUGAUUAGCAAAGCUAAAAAGUGGAUGUUGAAGUUGAAAGUUUUAAAGAGGUACAAAAUCUUACAAGGACAUAAAUUAUUGUUUGGUUGAAAAAUAGCCUAUUAAAUAUUGUAUGUAACUUCCUCUGUACACACUGUAAAAUACUAUGAAGAAUUCAUAUAGGAAGUAUGAUACUAUUGUAAAUGUGUACUUGAGAAUAAUAUGCAAAAAUAAAAAUGAGAAUAUUUUGCUGUUAAUAAACGUUUAGUUGUAUAUAA